GGAUCCCGAUUGGAAUAGGUCCUCAGUACCGAUUGCUAGUCGUAAAAGGUGACAAAAUGAGGCGGUCUGUCGGAUGCGACCACAAAAACCGAGGUUGCGUGUUUAUACCACAUGAUAAAGAUUCAUUCCUGCCCAAAAGCCGUAAGCGCUGAACAUAUACUUAAGAUUUGAGGCCCUUCACCGGCAAUUCUGACCCCCAUACCAGUGACAAAAUUCUCGAGAGGGACGUUAAACACUCUACGACCAAUCAAUAUCCAAAGCUUGCAGAAUUUGAAACUGACUAUUCAGAACGACUUAUUAAGAUAGUGGCGAAGUGCUGGAUUCCUUGAAUAUCACGCCCGGGGCAUCUGAAUAGGAUAACAAUGUGACGGACUAGUUCAAUAUGAAGAUCGCCACUUUCAUUAUUUUCAUUGUUUGUAUUUCCCCUACACAUGUAGUAGAGGCAACGUAUUAUUGUUCCGGUACUGAUGAUCCCUGUACACAGGCCAGUACUCUCUUUGAACCCUACGCUAGAACAGAGAACUGUAAACAUGACGGUGUUCAUUCGCCUUGUGACAGAUACAUCACGCCGAGAUGGUACGUGACAGACAACCCGAUACUUGACCAGUGUCCAGACCUUCUAAGCUGUGGAGCGGUGUAUCCAGUCUGGUUUAACGGGUCUUUUCCAAGUGUUGGAGAUGGCAUCACCACAGAACAAUUGUGUAAAACUGGAUUCUCUGACUGUUGUUCCCGAACAUAUGACAUUCAAAUUAAGAACUGUGGGACACACUACGUGUACUGCCUGCCAGCCUUAGACGCUUGUCCGGAGAGGAUCUGUUUUGGUACUAACGGGUCGUGUGAAUAUCCAACUACUACGGCUCCCACAACAUUGAAAAGCAAAAAUGUACCCAGCAAAACAUUUAACGAUCUAAAAUCAAGGUACGGGCUAGCCAUCGGAUCAGUCGUGGUGCUUGUGCUCAUUCUGAUUGCAGUCGGCGGAGUUGUCGGACUCUACAUCUACAAAAAAAAAAAACACGAAAGAGAAGUGAGCCAGAGCAGGAUAGUUCUUGUAGAAGAGGAAUCACACCAAGGGACGCCCCGAAUGGAAGAAUCAAACCGUGCCAUGACCCCAGUGGGAGGUCAUUCUGCCCCGCCCUAUUUGAAUUUCCAACUAAGCAAAAGUCGGCAAUGAAAAGAUACAUAUAUGUACAGCAUUAGAGUUGUGGAGUCACUGACUGUUACAAUUGAUUUUGUGUGUUGUACGUUCCAUUAUAUAUAUAUACAAAUGUAUAUGUGAUAUUUUAUACUUUCUAAAAUGUAUGUUAACAUGUAUUCCAUUUAUUCCCAAUCCGUGACCAGGUGUUGAAGCACUAGAACUGUUGUAUUUUUGACUCUUUCCAAUAUACCGCCGUUUAAUUACAGAUACAUAAUUUAUGUUACUGUGAUAUGUAGAUGGUACACAUCAUAUUUAUAUGAAAUAUAUAGUUUUUUUUUGCACUAGAAACACACUGCUAAUCUUGACUCAUUUUCAUCUUCAAUGCCACUACUAUUGCAUAUUUAAAUGAUUGUAUUUCAAGGAAUACUCAUUAUUCAUUGGCACUGUCGAUAAUGUGUUACACUCUCACGAACAAAUGAACCUUCAUAGGGUAUUAUGUUACUCUAGCACUAAUAUAUAGCCAUACACAUGUAUCUUGGCCAUAUGGUGCAAAUCGCUUGUUUAAUGUAUCAUAUGUAUAUCAAAUAUACUGUCUAUACUACUUCCGGUCCGAACUAUUUUUGCGAUCAUCCCCACUUCAGCCGUAUGCGAUAUCUCGUAGUUUGUUUUCCUGUUGAUCACUUGGUUACAUUAAUUAAAAAAGACCGGAAAAUAUCUAUAAUAUUUUCAGCAAUACUUAUCAAAUUUGAAUUGUAAAAACCGUGCUGCACAAUUUGUUGAUUUGCUUAUCAAUCAAAAGAUCGAUACCAACUCUAUCAGUUCUGAAGGUGGAAAGCAGUGAACUGAUAAAUGCAAGCGCAAAAAGAAAACAUCGUGAGGAAAAUUUGCGAUAGAAAAUAACUGAGCCUACCGACAUAAUGCAAGUCGGUGACGUCACCGUCUAUAGAAAUUUACACAGAAUGUACACAGCAUAAACGAAUACUUCAAAAUUAUGAGUUUUAUAAAAAAGUAAUCAGUCUGUUUCGGUGGACUAUCCAUAGUGAGCACAGCAAUCUGACCUGUUCCAGUUUCAGCGAAUAUUCAACUGCCCGCAUCUGUCUAGUCCGGAUCCAUCCAGGGCGUACUUAUCAGAAUGUCUUGCAGGACGCCUUACUCCUCCCCCAUAACCCCUCCGUUUCCAAGAGAACACGUGGAUAUUAAAUAAGAAACUACACUUUGAUCACGAACAUCACUCUUCCAAUUUUGCUGAUUGAUUUAAAUUAAAGUAAUAUUAGUCCACUAUCAAUGAUCCUUGAUAUGAUUUCAAAAAGUCCCAAUGAAAACUUUUUCAAGCAUGUUACGUAAAGAAAAUAGAUAUUCCGUGAAGCUCUGAAAGAAAUAUAAGUUAAAAGGAUAUAAUAGAGUAUAGAUUUCGGAUGGUUUCAAUGUAUUCUAAAACAGUUUUCAUUCAUAGCAACAAAUGAAAAAAAAAUGUCUAUAGCUGUGUGAUAUUCACCGUAAUAUUUUUUCUCACGUAGGAAGCUAAGUAAACACAUCGUAUCGGUAUUGACGCUUCGGGAACGCUUUGAAUCAGUUGUUUUGUUGCAGGUCGGAUCAUAUAAAAAUUCAAUCGAUAGAAAAGGCCAAUAAUAUAUACAAAACAUCUAUAUUUGCGUGAUUUGAUAUUUGCUCUGUCAAACUCGUUGAAAUAGUGAUUUAUUUGCUCAGCAAACCUGGCGAAUAGAUACAUCAUUUCAACUCAUUUACACGUUUACCUGAUCAGGAUAUAGGGCUCACGGCUGGUGUGACCGGUCAACAGGGGAUGCUUACUCUUCCUAGGCACCUGAUCCCACCUCUGGUGUGUCCAGGGGUCCGUGUUUGCCCAACUAUCUAUUUUUAUAUUGCUUGUAGAAGUUAUGAGAUUGAUCGCUGUUCGUUAUCUUCACCUUGCAUUGGAUAGAAGAAAAUAGCAGAUACCCAAUACAGACAUCCCCUUCAUAGUAGUCUGUGACACAUGCAGAGUCACUGAUUUACACUGACACGCGAUUUACACGUCAUCACACAGCUGUAGUUCCUGUGUACCCGUAGUUAUCAUGAUAAGGACUUAGUGAUAUGCUCUGUGAUAUAAUUGUGAUUACAUGCUUCAAUCAUUGACAAACAUUAUCAAGUGACAGAUAAAAAAUCAUUAAAUAUAUCAUUUUUUAUUAUUUUGUUAAUAAAUGUUAUUAUGGUA